AUGCUACGGACACCAACAUUUCUUGUAAAUCAAGGCAAAUCUCCGCCUCAAUUUCGGUCAAUUGAAGAAGAUGUUCCCAGCCAGAUACGCUGGGGUUCAAUAUCUUCGACCCAGCCUGUUCUUUCAGGUCCAGAGCAGGUUCGUGUUUAUCACGAAUGGAUUGAUGCUGGGCGGCCUCAUAACAUAGUUUGUUGGGAGUGCCGCCUCCCCGACAGUUUGAUUGGUUGUCAAACAUGCUGUAGAUCCUACCAUACAGCAUGUCUCCAGGACGUGGUGCGCUCUGCAAAUAACUUCCACUGUCCUUCUUGUCGAGCAAGAUCUUGGGAUCGUGCUCCGCCACAGCUCACGAUGUCAUCGGCGUCCCCAACUGGCUCUAGGGGCACAACCCAAACUGCUCGUUCAUUGCAACCACAGGAUGCGCCGUCACCAAAAGAAUCAAUUCGGGGCGAUUCCUCGCCUCGAGGAUUGGCGCGUAAAUCAUUGGGGACUCCCCGGAUUGGACCCCCUGCUUUGAACCGAACCGAAGAAUCCAGUGCUGAUAGCUCGGCGGAGCUAUCCCCCAUCACAGAGAUGUACCCUCAACUUCUGGAAUAUCUGGCGUUGCCACAUGAUGGCACAGAUCCAGACACGCAAGAAAUUCAGUUCAAAAAUCAGCUAAGCUUGGUGAUGCAAGAGAUUCAAUCACAUAGGGAAUCAUUGCGGGAGAAGACCAGUCUGCAAAAAGAAUAUCUGAAAAUACAAAAUGAAAACCUGCAGAUCAAAGCGGACCUUGAUUCCGGGCUGUCCCGCGAAUCUACUGCCAUUGCUAGUUCGUCGGCAAUCUCACACAACAUACCAAGAAGCCCGGUGCAUUGA